CUCAGUUCAGUUGAGUGGAAACAGCUGACAGUUUUUUUUAAUCCACUGUAUUUGUUUUUUGAGCGUACAUAUUAACCGUUUAGUGUUUCCAUUAGUUUUAUAAUAAAGGAUGAAACCUUUUCAGACUUUAUUAUCUUUUGUGCUUCUUUUUGAAUAUCCAAGAAUAGCUGAAUGUUUCCACUGCAAGUGAACUAUUUUUUUCUAAUUCAGGAAGGGGUGUGUUGUAAAUGUAAUUURAACCGACUCCAUACACCUGUCCCCCACCUUUAAACAAAUAUCUAAUGCAUCACUAUUCAAAUAUUUUAUUACAGUUCUGCUCAGCUGUAACAUAAACCAGCAGAUUGAACUUCUCACACACGAAUCUCUUGAUGGGGUGACAUCUCAUCUGAAUGGAGUCUUUGAAGCAUGUGAGCUGGUCAUAAAGAGACCAGCUGUGCCAAGAUGAAGCUGAAAUCAGACCCAACAAAAAGGGCUCCACAAUAGCUGCUGCCCCCCCUCACUGCUGCUUCUGACAGAAACGCUCUGGUUUUUAUCAUCUUCAGCUCUUUCUUCAACUCUCAUCCCAGUGGACUCACACCUGUUCAGAGCAUCAUCUCCUGUCUUCGUGGCAUCUCAGAAACUCUUUAUUCAACCUACCUUCACACAUGUGUGCUUUCAGAGGACUGAUAUGGAUGGCUAGAUCCAGAGAGGCAGUGACACUCAGGUCUUGGUGAGAUGUCCAUCGGUGGGAACUCAGGCCUGUCUUCCAUAUCAGCAUCGCCUCUGCUCCUCAACGCCUCCAUCCCUCCGUUUCCUCUGCAAUGGGAGAAGGAAAGCGCCGGUGUUGGGUCUCUUCAGGACUGGCCCGAGAACCGGACCCAGCUCAUCUCGGACCUUUCCGUCCUCGAGCACGAUGAGCAGUGCUACAUGUCCCCUGUGCUUACAGCYUGCCUGGUGCUGUGGUACAGCGUCACAAUGGUGCUGGGGCUGGUGGGGAACAUCGGCCUCAUCUGCAUUAUCGCCCAUCGCAGAGAGAAAGCCAACGUCACCAGCAUUUUCAUCUGCAAUCUCUCGUUCUCUGACAUUCUGAUGUGUGUCUUCUGCCUCCCCUUCACCGUCAUUUACACACUCAUGGACCACUGGGUGUUUGGGUCYCUGCUGUGCCGCCUGGUGCCGUUCAUCCAGUGUGUUUCUGUGACUGUUUCAGUGAUGUCGUUGGUGUUCAURGCCUUGGAACGACAUCAGCUCAUCAUCAACCCCUCCGGGUGGAAACCAAGCGUUCCUCAGGCCUACAUGGUGGUCAUUUUUAUUUGGAUUCUCGCCAGCUUCACCUCCACGCCUUUCUUGGCCUUUCAGCUGCUCACAAAUGAGCCGUACAACAACUUAGUCCUGCCACUCCAUCAAAUGUCUCCACAUGUUUAUCUCAAUACGUCUCCACCUCAGUAUGCCUCCAACGCAUCUGUGCCUCUGAAUCUGUACCGCUCGCUCUUCUCUUACGUGCCCACCGCCCCACACAUGGAGGCUUGUGUGGAGCACUGGCCCUCWCCAGAGCACAGGAUCGCCUACACCACCUGGCUCCUGCUGUUCCAGUACUGCGGCCCGCUUUUGCUGGUACUGCUCUGRUAUGUCCGGGUUUUUGUGCGCCUUCGUCAUCGCAAGGAAAUGCUGGACCGUGCCAGGACCCCGGAGAGCCAACGCAUGGCCCACAGCCGUCGAAUCAACAUCAUGCUGGUCGCRCUCAUCACAGCCUUCGCGCUCUGCUGGCUUCCUCUCACCAUCUUCAACGUGCUGGCAGACUGGAACCUGGAGGCRCUGCCCGUCUGCCACCACAACCUCCUGUUCUCCCUCUGCCACCUGCUGGCCAUGUCCUCCACGUGCAUCAACCCCAUCAUCUACGGCUUCCUCAACUCCAACUUCCGCCAAGAGGUCCGAGAGGUGCUGCUCCACUGCCGCUGUGCCCAGCAGGAGGAGGACGGCGAGCGCAUCCCCAUGUCCACGGUGCACAUGGAAGUGUCCCGCACCUCUGUGCCUCUCCCUUGCAGGAGCAACUCAGUCUGAUUGUGAUGCUGCACUGUGAAUCAGACCACUAUCAUCAUGUAUGGACAUGACAACAGCUGUUUAARUAACUUUAAAACUCUUGUUUUGUCCGUGGUUCAAAGUGAAAUGUAUGGUAAAGUGUUUUUGUUAUCUUAUUUUGUACAAUCACAAACUUAAAAAUGUGUUGAUAGAAAAAAAAUCAAAAGAUUUGGUGUUAGGCGACACAGUUGGGACACUCUGAAGCCAUUCUAUAGGACUGAUAACAGCUAAUGACGUGCAUUUAAUGGAUAAUAACAUCUGAAGCGGGUGCACCUCAUCAAAACUGACAGAAGUAAAAACAAAAAAUAGAGUAGAGCCUGUUGUUACAUUUUUUAUAUUCCAUCACUUUUUUGUAUUUAAGGCAUUUGUGUAGUGAAAGCUUUUAUCAUUAAAUAAGGCACAGGUCUGCUGAUUACUGUGACUAAAAACAUUAAGAACCAGUGCUUUACAUAACGUAACUGAAUUAGCCUUGAUUUUGCAUUCAUUGGAAGUGUUUUUUUUUAUUAUUUUUUUGGACGGGGGUGUAAAAUACAAUUUAACUGUAUAAUUAUCUUUUUGAUGGAAGCAGUGUGAGUUAUAAAAAAUAGAUUUGUACGCAUGUAGAUUUUAUUCAACAGUAUGUUUAAUUUGGAUGUUUGCUUUUUUUGUGUGACAGUGGCAGACAGGCAGUUAUGCAUAAAUCUGAUUAAAUAAUCUUAAAAGAGUUUUUCCUAAAGGAAUCAUUACCGAACUACUACUUUUUUAUGUGUUACAUUUUUUAAAUUAUGUCUGGGAAAACAUAAAAUAAUAAAACAACAAAAAUAAAUCUAUUACU